GAGACUCUGGAAAACCCGGAGACCAAGCCGAGCCGAAUGCAGUCGCCAGUGCGGAGCAGAAAGCCUUGGGUCACGAGCCACCAGCUGCCAGUAACUCGAAGGGAAAAAAUAGUUACCACAAAAUACAGCACUGCUCCAGAAUUACCAAAUAAUUGUAGAUAAUUUAUAGAAGCCAAUUACCGAAUAAUACUAGAAAAAAUAAUAACUAAAGGAAUCCCCUUCAGCCGUGUGAAUCCUCCGAAAAACCCUCGGCACGUGAUGCAACUAACGUAUGGAUGGGGACACCCAGUGAUUAAAGUGAAUUUUUGUGGGGUCAGCUAGCCAAAAAUCGAUAGGUUGGCCUAUCCGAAAGACGUGUCCUCCAGCUGGAAACGUGCGCAGCCUGCAAAGUUCCUUAGGACCAAAGGAAAAGUCAGAGGAAAAUCUCAACCUACGCAGAGUUAUAUAACAUACAACACCGCCCACGCAGUUUUGCAGCUAAAUCGAUAGACUAAAAACCGCGACAUGACGAGCUUCUAAUUGGAUUGCACGCGAGGGAUUAACCACUGGGCUUUAGAGGCACCACCACUACUACUACUAAUACCAGGAAUUACAGGGUAGUUGAAGGUAGUUUUCAAAAGAGAUGGGCAAGAAGAAGGUGCCCGUUGAGGACCUAGUGGUCCCACCGCAGGACACACGGAUAUGCGGCACCAUAUGCAUUUGCCAGAUGACCCUGGUCCUGAGCUCCGUGGCCCUGGUCUACCUAACGGUGGCCAUUUACAUGCCCUCCACCAGGGCCUUCAAAAGCGGCAUCGAUCCCACGCCGGUCAUGUGCACCACCACGCGGGCGGUGAACAAGGAUAACUGCGAGUGGGGCAGCUGCGGGGAGUGGUGCCUCAGCAAGACCUCCGGCGCCUGCAUCCAGAUCUACGUUAACCUCCGCAGCAACGGCAGCAAUCUUAUAUUCCAGAACUGCACCAAUUCGGCGAAUAAAACAUGCUAUGGCAUUGACCAGGAUCGGGCCGAUAAGGCCAGGUGCAUCAACGAUGAGUGCAAGAAUCUCACGGGAACCUUCAACUGCACCGCUGGCCAGUGCCUGAACAUCACGGAUGCCUUCGAGUGCGUCUUCCACAACAGCGAUGCACCCGUCAAGUGUUCCGGGAGGCGGGGAAAGAUCAACUGCAUGGACAUCAGUGGUCUGUACUCGUGUAGUCGAGGAACCUGCCGGAAGAUAAGGACUCCCUACAACUGCGACCGGAGGUGUGUGGAUAUACCCACCCGGAACAAGAACGUGGUGGUUCUCAGUGGUGACAAGGUCUAUCUAUCCCAGUGUCAGAACGCCAUCAAUGCAGAGACCCUAGAAGAAGUCUGGAACGAAUCGAAUGAUAAUGUGGCCAUGACAUCCUGCUACUUCAUCAAGAACACCUCGGAUCAGGUGGAUGCGGUGGACUGCAUCAAUGGUUCGACCCUGGAGCACAACAUGCUCAGCGAUCUGACCAACUUCACAUAUCUGAGCCACCUGCACGUAUCGGUGGCCACCCCGGUGCCGGAAAUAGCACCACCCGAUGUGGAUCUGACCAUUUCCAAUGAGUCGAAGCUGAUGAUCAAUCUGGAGGGGUGUGUGAACACCCUGAUGGACGAGUGCAAGGAGUUCCUCAAGGACUUCGGACGGGAUGGCAGCGAUCACAAUGCCAGGGCUCGCUUCCCGUGCUUCUAUUCACCCGGCAAGAAGGAAAUAGUGGUGGCCCGUUUCGACCUGGAGGUCACCUAUCGCCAGUUUGUGUUCGCCUCGGUGGUGCCAUCGGUUCUGUUUGUGGUCUCCUGUUCGAUCCUCAUCAUGUGCCAGACCACCGUUUACGUGGGCGAUGAUGCCAAGAUGCGGUUCAAGGGAUGUGUGGACACGGAUACCGUCUUAAAUAAGAAUAACGUGGGCGCACCCACCAACGGAGACAUGGGCGGGGGCGGCGGCGAUGAGGUUAUGGCCCUAUGAGAUCCGUCACGCAUUCCUCUGCUCCAGGAAGACAGUCCGACACACCAGACGGGAGUCUUCGCUUUGCAAUAAUUGGAGUUGGGCACCAGCUGAAGUCAGAAACACAAUCGAGCAACUUGAAAUUCUUUGUAAUCCUUCCAUCGAACUUUUGACACUGCAAACACCCAGAAACACACAGAAAGACACAGAGACACGGACCACACCUCAGAGGCUUGCAAGGACACUCCUGAGCUAACCAGGAAAUACUGAAACUCAAACCGAAACCAAAAACCGAUAUCCCAUGCGAGGCGCUUGACAUUUUCAAGAUACGACGAUCGGCAGAUCUGAAGACAAUAUUAGUAUAAUUUUCGACUCUUAAGUUGAGCAAUUUUUUUGGGACUAGGGCCAGAGGCUACAGGACUUGUAGGAUAACAGGAGAUUUAAGGGCGGUGCGAGAGAUUAAAUUUAAAAUUGUUGCUAUUAUGGAACUUAGUUUUAUCUAGGAAAUAAAUGCGCACAAACCCACACCCAAAUGCACAGUACACACAAACACACACAGAGAUACACCCACACACACACACCAGACACCAGAAUCGGCUGAAGAUAUAGAAGAUUUAUAGAACCAGGUUCAGUCACCGGGAGAGAAGGCAGAGAAAUUCAAAAAUGGCUUAGAGUGAGGGAUGCGUGAUCAAAAAAAAAAAACUAAAAGAAAUCUCGUAACGACAACUAGUCGAUGAAGUCAAAGCAAAAGUUAACCCCCAAAAGGCUAACAGAAAACAUAAGCAUUAAUUUAGAAAA